GUUCGCUUCACAUUUUCGAGACGAGCGUCUAAUAUAGAGAGGCAUAUUGCAAACUUGAGCAUACUUCAAUCUUUUCCGUCGUAGAAUAUAAAUUCUCCAUAUUUUUUUAUUGUCGGUGGAACGUUUUAUACGCUUUAUCUAAUUUAAAAAUCGCGAUUCUGAACGCGUUAUCGUGUGAAAAAAAGAGUGCAUGCUGGAACAAAAAAUCGUUCUUUCGUCACGUCCUUGUCUACUUGUCACGAGAUCAGUGAUCUAUCCGAAACGACAAACAUGUAAAAGGAAACACGAUUGAAAGGAAGAAAAAAAAAGAAAAAAGUCAUCGUAUUCUGGAAUUAUACGUCGGAUAAAGAUCGAAUCGGAUAACGGACAACUUUCGAUCUCGAUCUGUCAGCCUCGGAAUCAACUGUCGAUGCGACUCUUCGAUCGAUAUCGACUCUCGUAAGAAUGCGUGGCUGAAACAGAAGCGACGGACAAUUUUGUCUUUUCUUUUUUUUCCAUUGAUCAACGAAAGAUCCAGAGUCAGCAAAUCAUCAAAUUGCGAUCAAAGAUGCGGCCUAUUGUGACGAUUUUCUUAUUCAUACCAUUCUUGCUUGUCGCGUGGCAAAACGGCGCGCAGGCUAACUGGUGGUAUUUGGGUGUGGAGCCGCGAUUGAACAGUGGAUUGAGCCCUGGAAAUGGUGGUGAUGGCCAAGCGCAGAUCAUUGGCGCGGGUGUGAUUGGGCCAGCGAGCGCCGAAAAGAACUGCAAAAGCACGCACCUGACCGCGAAACAGCAGGCGAUAUGCUCCCGCUCUCCGCCAGUCCUGCAGGCAGUAAGUGCUGGCGCGAGAUUGGCGAUUGAGGAAUGUCAGCAUCAAUUCAGAUCGGCAAGAUGGAACUGCUCCAUCACCCCGGAAAAUCCGGAUAAUAUUUUUGGCGGCGUGAUGCUAGUCAACAGUCGCGAAGCAGCAUUUGUAUAUGCAAUAUCAGCGGCAGGGGUUGCUUAUAGCGUCACCAGAGCUUGUUCCAGGGGCGAACUCACCGAUUGCUCGUGCGACAACCGGGUCAGAACACGCCAUCCGAAUAAUUGGCAAUGGGGCGGUUGUAGCGAGGAUAUCCACUUUGGAGAGAAGUUCUCGCGAGAAUGGUCAGACAGUGGCGAAGAACCUGUAAAGGAGGGUGUGCUGCAUGGACCGAAAGGGCUGGCUGGCCAGCUAAUGAGGAAACACGAUAGUGAAGCUGGCAGGCGCGCAGUCCGCUCAAGAAUGCAACGCGUAUGCAAGUGUCACGGAAUGUCUGGCUCAUGCAGCGUACGUGUUUGUUGGAGAAAAUUACCAGCAUUUAGGGUAGCUGGAGCAGCAUUAGCCGCAUUACAUGAAGGCGCAGCUUUGGUACGACUGGCACAACGUGGCGGAAGAAGACCAGCGAGAUUGAGGCCUGCCCGUCCAGAUCUCAAACGACCUAAUAAAACGGAUCUAGUAUAUCUAGAAGAUAGUCCUGACUAUUGCGAAAAAAAUAUAACGCUCGGUAUUCCCGGGACAAGAGGAAGGAUAUGCAAUCGAACAUCUCUUGGAUUGGAUGGAUGUCGAUUAUUAUGCUGCGGUCGAGGUUACCAAACGAGAGUCCGAGAUGUGACAGAAAAAUGCAACUGUCGAUUUGUCUGGUGUUGUCACGUGAAGUGUGAGCUGUGUCGACACAAACGAGAGGAGCACGUGUGCAAUUAGGCGGUGAAGAAAAAAAAAAAGAAAAAGAAAAAAAGAGCGAUAAAAUUGCAUUCCGAUCGGCCUACCUACCGAAAGGUGCUUAACGACCCCGCGUCGAGGUAACAUGUAUGAUCCCUCGAUACACGAUGGUCCAUUCUCAUAGUCGCGAUGGAAUCAAGGUAGAGAUUGUACCAUCUCUGUAUUUUUCUUUUUCUAAUUUUUUUUUUUUUUGUAUUUUGUAUUUUCUCCGUUUAAGUUAACUUAUCGAAGCUAAUCUGGCUUCUGAUAUGGAAAUUAGUUGCGAGACGAGUAGAGAAAACCGCCGCGAGAGGCUACGAAGUGUGACACGUUUUCGUUAUUGUGCAUUUUGUACCUGACAGUCAGAGUGUCGUAAGUCCACCGCGUUUCGGCAAUCAUCGAUUUUGAGUGCGGACGGUUAAAACAAUAUAUUUAUAUGUGUUUUGCAAUUUACGGAACAAUAUGAUUGAUCACCUUUAAUAUCUCUU